UUGUCAUUGUUUGAAACAUAGAAACAAAAAUUAUCCGUGAUAUUGUUUGUAACUUCGGAUCUUCUCUUCUUGAACGUCUGGUGAGUGACUUCUUGGGUUUGGAGCCAUUAUUCGAAUUCGCUUGAUGCUUAAAAUUACUUCGAUCUCGUGGCGUAACCUUCUAAAAGCGUUCUGCACACUUUUGUUAGGUUUUCAGGUAUUCAUUGUUAAUUUUUGGUGUGCUUUGAUACAUAUUCUUCCACAUUUAUAUUUAUAAUUUGCUUAAAUUUUGGUCUAAACUGGUCAUCAAUGAGUAAUAUUUCAGAAGAAUUCAUAAAUCAACAUGUUACUUUUGACAGAAAUCAGCAUGAAAUUACACGCGCUACAUGCAUUGCACACGCUUAUUGUUCAUGUAUGGUUCGUGAGAUAAAUUUUAUCCCCUCAUCAGAAUACUACUUGAUGCCGUUUUAUAGGUAUUCAUUUUUAAUUAACCUCAGUGGUAGCCUUUGUUUGAGAUCUUACAGUUAUAUCCAAACAGCAAGCCUUUAGCCCAACCCAUCCUGGCACUGUAAGAAGAAGCUAUAUUUUAUUUAUAUUUUUCGUUGCUUGAAAAAGAGAUUGUAACGAUCAUUUCACCUCUUGCCGAAUUCCUCCUGUAAUUGAUAGCCUGUGCAUAAGGGACUGUGGAGUUGGAUAGUUAGGGUCUGCAAUAUCUUCUUAACCCGUUCCUUACCCCCACCCCCCUUUAUCAAAAAAAAGGUUGACAGAUGAUGCCUUUCAGUAAAUAAGGUAUACUUGGAUAAAAAAAACUAUGAGUACUCCCAGUAAGAGUCAAACCUACGUCCUUUCAAUUAGAACUUCGGACACUACCACUGAGCUAUUAGAGAUUGUGGUAGGCUAGGCUGUGUAACUAGGUCAUUGGUUAGUUUUGCACAAUGUUUAUCUAAUUGUAAUAAAGUAAUUUAGAUCUCUCUUCUGGGAAUUUUGCUCCAAUCUGAUAUGGAUACUUCUACUAAAGUGUUCGCCUACAAUGUUCUUUAUUGAUUUUAAGUAAGAGAAGGGUGGGUGGUUUAUCUUAGACUCUUUUGUUAUGGCCUGUGACUUGGUCAUCUGUUACAAUAAGGAAAUUUAAGCAGAGAUGUUUUUGAGAUGCAGAUGGCAACGGGAAAAAGAAUGUAACUAAUUCUGGUGCAUUGACCUUCAUAGAUUGAUUGCAAGGUUGUUGUACUGUUUCAGCAUUUUAAACUAAAUUGUACUGACCUAAAAAGGUGACAUGAGCACUGGUAACAAUAAAUUUAACUUCCACCUGCCACCCACAUCUCAUAAAUACUUGUGCUUAAGCUCCCUAAUAUUAAGAAGGGGGGGGGGGGAUUGAAAACCUUUAUCACCUCAAUUAUCACCAAGUAUUGCAGCUGGGUAAUUCAUACUGACCAACUAGGAGUAUUUCCUGUCCCUUUCCCCCCCCCCCUUUCCCUCCCUGGAAAAGAUACUGAAUUGAAACCCCAAAGAACAUUUUCAAACUGGAAACAUUCUUUUGUCUUUUUCAGUUCAAUGCCAUUUGGUAGAAAUGCACACUGAAUAAAGCAAAUAAUAAAGCACUAAUGGAGACUACAGUAUGGUUCCUGUUACUCAUUUUCUUUUGGUUGAGGCUAACAUCUUGUGAAUAUGUCAUCCAGACUUUUGAUGGAGAAAUUGGAGCAGGAAAUUUUACUUAUUUUACAUUGAAGAAAGAAGGAGAAGUAACAUUAAUCCUUGAGAGCAUAGAGGGUGAUGCCGAUAUAUAUGUUUCACAAGAGAAUCUCAAGCCUGAUUUUGAAAAUUACGAUCUCAAGUCAGUAACUUGCGGUGAAGACAUUGUUACAAUUCCAAGUACUUAUAAGAGACCUAUUGGAAUCUCAGUGUUUGGCCAUGUAUAUGCCCCUACCACUAGAUACACUAUGAAAGUCUUAAUGGACUAUUCAUCUGGAGAUGAGAGUGAAAGAUAUCAUAGUGAAACUGAUGACCCAGAGGAAUCACUUAUUUGGACAGUGUUUGUCAACAUUUUAAAGCUUAUUCUGGAGAUUCUUCUGUGAACAUUGAAGGUUUCCUUUCACAUGAAGAGAAAUUAUUGUUAUAGGUCUUGAGGUAUGUUAAUUUAUAAAUCCUUCUUUUAUUGCAUCAGUUCACUGCAGCUGUGUGGCCAUAUGUCAUGACUUCAGUUGGAGAGAGGGCAUUUUUGCCAACAGAAAAAGACUGUUAAAAAACCAUACAAUAAAGUAAGCUUUUUACAAUUUUUGGUCCUUGUCAAAUUACUAAAAGAUGGACAUUUGUUUAGUUCAAAACUGGACAAUUUCAAUGAUUUGGGUUAGAAAUCAUUAGCUUAUGGUGUCAGUAUUUGAGCAUGUUGAGAGCAAUUUCCAAUUGAGUGUUGAAAAAAAUCUGUUGUUGCUUUGUUUUUGCUUUACUUUGCUCUGUAAUUGGUGUAGAAAACUUGCACUUCUUUUUUAACCAAUCAGUUGCAACACUAAAACCAAUCAGGACUUGGUCACCAGUGUUUUCCUGCCCUUGAAGUAGUUUGGUCAGUUUUACUUUGAGUUUUCAUUGCCUCUUUAAGGUGAUUCCUCAGUAUUACACUGCGCGUCCUCUACUGCACGUAAUAAUCACGUAAUCAAGCGAAUAAGUGUGCAUGCAUUUCAAGCAGGUAUAAUCGUCUUAAGCUCUUGAAUGAGCACAGCAAACUAUAUUGUGUAAUGCUUAAUCUUGGUGUACAAAUUAUCCCCUCUAAAUUGACAUUGAAAGCAAUGACUUUAGGAACCUUUCAAGUUGAUUGUGUUUAUAAUUUCCUGAUUUUCCCACAAAUUAUAUUUUUAUCAAAUGGUUCCAUACACGUAAGACUUUCUACCUCUCAAGUAUUUUUUGUGUCGUUUAAGAACCCUUGCUUCAAGCUACUGCAAUAUGUACCAUGAACUAUUGAAAUGAUGUAUGAGAUUAGUGCCAGUACAGGCAUAUGGGGUAAGUUUGGCCCAUCGUAUUCCUUAAACAAGCACAGUGAACUAUCUUUUUAAUGUAUUUUUUUCCAAAAUUGACAUUGGUAAGGAACAUUUCAGGAUAGUCAAAAAAAAGUUUGAUAACUUUUUUUUUCUGAGGAAUCACCUCAAGGUAUUUUCCAUUUUUCAGAAGGGCAGUUGUGAUUACUUUGGUUUUGGUAUUACUUCACUUAAUGGAAAGUGCUCUAUUAUUAGCAGCAGUACUAGUAUAAGUAACAGUAUUAGUACCAGUAUUAGUACCAGUAUUAGUACCAGUAUUAGUACCAGUAUUAGUACCAGUAUUAGUACCAGUAUUAGUACCAGUAUUAGUACCAGUAUUAGUACCAGUAAGAUUUUCUCUUCUCACCAAGAUCGAGCAUAUUUUCAAAAGUGACACAAAUAAUUACAGGUAUAAGACCCCUUCAAAGAAACAUCGAUCACCACUUUGCUGAGUAAAUGGAUGAGUAUUUACAAAUAAUUCUAAUCAGCUUCAUUGUCUUCACCCUGUGCACCAGUCUAACAUUAGCAUUCAUAUUCUCCACACAGUUUUCUUUACAAUUCCUGUUGUACUCACAAGGAGAAUUUGUGUGACAAUCAGGAGCUUCUAAAAUGCUGAUCAUUUCUGUUAUUCCUUUGGCAUUAACAUUUGAUUCAAGGGUUUCUUGUCAUGGAACAACAAAGUUGACAUCCUCUGAAGGAUUAUAACGAUACAAAACUCUGUUAUGCUACAAUUAAGGCCCAGAUAGCUCUGGUAUAUGAUUUUACUCUUGAGGAAAAUUUCCAUAAAUGCCCUUGUACUAAAAAUGUUCAGUAACUCAGAUCAGCAGAACUUGUUUAUGUUCAGUAGGCCCUACAUAUUUAUUUAUGAUCUGCUCACUAUGAGCUAUUAUGGAAUAAAUACACCUUACAUAAUUCCAUGAUUUUACAUAUAAAUUACAUAAACAAUUCUCCAUUUGGUGCAAAAAUAUGCUCACAUAUUUCUCCAUGGACAUCAUCUGUUCAGAGAGCAAAGCUCCAAGAAAGAUGUGAGCUUUGAGGAACAGAUAAUGUCCAAGGACAAAUAAGAGCAUAUUUUCGCGCCAAGUGGAGGAUAUCGCGUUUGAUGAGCGG